GGGGCGGCGCGGGGGGUGUGAGUUGUCACUGCUGCCGCUGGUGUCAGUGCGCGGGGCGGGCAGUUUGGGUGCGUCCUGCCACCUAGGGCUGCCAUGGCGGGGGCACUGGCCCGCAAGGCCGUGGACUAUGUACGCAGCAAGGAGUUCAGGGACUACCUGAUGAGUACGCACUUUUGGGGGCCAGUUGCCAACUGGGGACUUCCUAUUGCUGCUAUUAAUGACAUGAAGAAAUCUCCAGAAAUCAUUAGUGGCCGAAUGACAUUUGCACUGUGUUGUUACUCCUUGACUUUCAUGAGAUUUGCCUACAAAGUGCAGCCACGGAACUGGCUUCUUUUUGCAUGCCACUUGACUAAUGAAGUUGCACAACUUAUUCAAGGAGGACGACUGAUCAAAUACAGGAUGGAGAAAAAGAACUAAAUAUCUAACUUGAAAUAAGCCAGGGAAUGCGUUUGUCCCGAAGUACAACCAAGGAGGAGUUGCCAUCUACAGCUGCUGUGACAAUUACAGUGGGGAUAAAACAGAAACACCUAUUCUGAAUGACCCCACCAAGAGUCCUCUGCCUAUUAUUUUUUUUUUUAAUCUUGCCUUUUAAAAAGUACUAUUCAGCAAUGUAAAGCAUUGCAUUUAAAGUCUUGAUGCCUUUAUAGGACCUUAGUAUCUACCCUUUUAAUAAAGACUAAGUCAUCAAAAUAACAAGCAAUAUUUGAAAACCAACUUUUUUAAUCUAACAGUCUAUGAAAGUGGCCUGUGAUGAUUUGACAAAACUUGUUUCCAAACCAACAAGAACAGAGGUCAGUGAACAGAACUGUAAGUGGUGGUAUUGUUCUAUAUAUUAACACAUUUGUAAAGGCCAUUUAACUUGGGUGCAUUCAUUCCUACUCCGUCUCUUUUUAACUUAAGCAGUGACUGGCUAGUCUACAAGAACAAAAGUGUAGAUAAGCAGCCUGGAAGUGACCGGCUAUCACUCUUCCCUUACUGCAUGCCUUGUCUCAGUUAAGAGACUUCAUUAACAUAAUUGUUUUAAGACGCACAUUAUUUAAGACUUAGAAAAGCGAAAGCAUUGCACUGAAUGAAGGAAGGCAACAAAGUCUGUAACCAGUUCUAAAUUGUUUUUUUUUCCCCUACUGUUUGAGUUGUUCUAGAUGUAUGUAAUCCUUAUACAAGUGAAAACUUAACUUGUUUGGAGUCUAGGAUCUGAAGGACACAAAAUGCCUUUCAGCAGUUUUUGACUUCAUUUUGGAGAUUGGCUUUUCUAUGCAGCCUGUUGAAAGUUACGUUGCUUUGAAGGUACAGAUGGCAAAGAAAGUAUGUGAUGGAUUUUUAUUUCAGUGUGGUGUAUUUGAACAAUAAAGACGUUCCAACUGACAA